AUGCCUGCAAACGGUCUGCACUUUUUCCUCCCCCUCUGCCUUGUUGCCAAGCAAAUCUUGAGUGAGAUCCAUGAUCCUGGCGUCCACCUCACUGUUUCCAAAACAUUUCCAUGCGAUCGUGUCGGAGAACAGGUUUGCUUUCUCAAGGUACCGCCUGGAAGGAAAGUCACGUUGACAGUUUCACUCUCCAUCUCUGGCAAACGCCAUUCAUACGCAGUGCUGUGGUACAAAUUCUAUUCUGGCCAAAGCCCACAGUUCAACAGCUACCGAAGAAGAUUGACCCCCGCGGUGGACCCGACCAAAAGGAUGUCUGUAGCCAGCAACGGCCAAGCCCUGAUGCUGCAUUCAAUCAAUGAGGAUGAUUUUUAUCCAAACCUUUUCUGGGCAGAAGUGAAAUUGCACGGGCUGCCCAGCAAAAUGGCCACAAUCGAGGCCUACGAUCUAAUGGACUUUCAGAUGUUAAACCCUUCCCGCCUGAGAUACUUUUUCGUGCUGGAUAGAAUGCCCAUAGAAAUCGGAGAGUUCUUGGAAGGAGACACGGUUGUCAUCCAGUUGCCCCAAUACCUCCAGGUUUCUCCUUCCAGCUUCGUCAAGUGGGUCAAGGAGCCCCUGCCGAUCACACUGCUGGACAGCCGCUCAGUGGUAUUGGCCAGCGGCGUGGAAGAGAUUGGGAUCAGAGGCUUAAUGGAUACCGACUUUGGUUAUAUCCGAGCCCUUGUCUACGAUUUUACCCCUGAUGUCCCUGGUAGAGUCUUGGUAGCCCAGAGGAUAUUCUUAAUAAAGAAAGAUGUCACCAAAAUCUGCAAUGGAAGUCGGGCCCCAGAGAACUGCUAUUGCAAUCCGGGCUUUGUGGGGAACGGAGCGCACUGUGUCGACAUAAAUGAGUGCAAAGAAGGGAUGCCCAUGAACUGCUUGCCCGAAGCAGAAUGUGUCAAUGGAUACGGCUCGUAUUUCUGUCGCUGUCCACAAGGCUUCGAAGGAGAUGGCCUGUACAGCUGCAUAGGUCGUGGUGAUGUAGAAUCUCCUAAUCUGCAGUUAUGUUGA